GGCUUCAGAAAAAUGGGGCGGCGGGACGGGAGGGUUGCACAUUGCAGCGUGACUCACACAAGCCCUGCGGUGGACGUUUCUCCUGAUGCUCCGUUCCCGGUCUUAGCAACUGCAGGAGUAACCGACAUCCCCACCUCUCCGCGCCGAAACCAUGUCGACGGAGACCGCGAGCGGCCCCACCGAGGACCAGGUGGAGAUCCUGGAGUACAACUUCAACAAGGUCAACAAGCACCCGGACCCCACCACGCUGUGCCUCAUCGCGGCCGAGGCCGGCCUUUCCGAGGAGGAGACUCAGAAAUGGUUCAAGCAGCGUCUGGCCCAGUGGCGGCAGUCAGAAGGCCUACCCUCAGAGUGCAGAUCCGUGACAGACUGAGGAGCUGGUGGGCACUGGCAACCGCCCUCCACGAAGACUGUCUGCCAUUUCUCUCCUCGGCUUAACCAAGCGUUUUGGUUUUUCAGUGUAGUGCUGUGUGUUCCAUUGUUAGCUGUCCUGCUAUUUAACACAACGUUGUAUUUUUUUAAUGUAUAUAACCAGAAAAGUAAGUAACCCUAGGAAGCUAUGUGUAGCUUCUGUGUAAAGCAGUGGCUUGGCUGGGAAGUGGUGGGGCUUGCAUUUCCUUUUAAGUCUUGAUAAUAGAUGGUGUGAAAAUCAUCUAAGUUUCCUUUUGACCAUCACCUCCCAGUACCAGUUUAUCGUUACCAUCCAUUUCAGAGUGGGCAAGGCCUCUGUUGAAAAGAUAACAUGACCAAGAGGGAAAACAGGGGAAACGUUUCCUUCUGAUUCUACUUCCCUAAGUCGUUUUCCUUAUGUUGCAGUUGUACACUGACACUGAGUGAGAAUACAGAGGGAGAUAUGAGUCCAAUUUCAUAAAGCAGUUCCUUGGAUUAUUAGCUGCAUUCACUUGGAAAGAACCCAGUUAGGUUGGGAGACAGAAACUCCAACUGGCAGAAAAUCAAGUAAGAAAAAGAUCCACAGAAGUCUUCAAUUUACCUUAUGUAAAUGUAUUUGUUAAAUUUAUUUUACUAAACAAAGUGAACUGCUUUUUGUCUCUGAAAUGAUAUUCUAAUAAAAACUUUUUUGUUGAAAAUGCA